GUGCGUACGACGAGGAAACCGUGAAUUCGUGGUGUCAGCAACAGCGAGGAUUCAUUUACGUGUCUUCGGGGUCGUGCAGUGCAGUUUUGAUCGAAGCGUGGAAGGAUUAACGACAAGAAAUGCAGCGGUGGAUAUUGGUUUCAGUGGCGAGCCUUUUAAUCGGCAACGCGUUCGCCGACGUUCUAGUGCAGCCUGGCUAUGGUCAUCCGAGUUCCUUAUUGAAUCCACACCCAAUAGUGCAGCCUCUGUCAACCCUUCAACGUGUUGCGAGUAACCAGUUCACCGAUGCAGGAUAUCAUUUAGAGCUACAUCCUGUCUACGGAAACUUGGGACACUCCACUCCUGCACUGGGUUACCUCCAAAGUCACGAUUUGUCGCCCUAUCUGUCGAAGACAGCUCAAAGACGCCUAUACUCUGGAAAGUUGGGCACUGUCGGGAUCCCCCUCGCGCAUCCGAUCGUACAACCUCAUUAUAUCCCCUUGGUAAGCGUCACGAUAAAUGGCACUGUCUGUUGAUACGAGUUCAUUGCG